AUGUCCUGGACGCGCAAGGCCACACGGCCAUUCUCCUCACCCUCGGUCUACGCGCCCACGCUCCCAUAUGAGUGCGGCGGCGCGCGCGAGUACAACAGCUACAUCCUCUACGGACUCGCACUGGGAAUCCCCUACCUACUCAAGCGCCUCCUCAGCCUCAGCCUCGGCAGUUAUCUAGUUCUGACAGCCAUCCUGGCGCUGCCGAUCGGGGCAUUAUCUCUUGUCGCGCACUCGUGGAUAGUCAGCACACCGACGGAGCAAAUCUGCGCAUUGCCGAAUGAACCACUGGAAAAGUACAUUACGAUUCUGGAGAAGGAGCUCAAGGCCAAGUACCACGGCGGGAAGAAAAUCCCAAUGGAGGAGUUUUUCGAAAACUACUUUGACGGCAACAUUGAUCUUACGGGCGACGCACUGGAGAUUUUCGAAAAGCGUUAUGACUGGGCGUUUUUCCCAAUUACACUGAAUGUGGCCAAGUUCUUCUUCACACAGUGGAUUCCUGAGCUGAUCUGGCACUCGAAGAAGCAGGAUGAGACGCAGGUGCGUGACCACUAUGAUCGAGGCGACGACUUUUAUGCGGCGUUUUUGGGUGACCGCAUGGUGUACACUUCGGGGCUAAUUGGGGACGAGACACGGCGCGAAACGCUGGAGGAACUGCAGGAUAACAAGAUGCGCGAUGUCUGCGAGCGCAUCCGUAUGCAGCCAGGCGACCGCCACUUGGACAUUGGCUGCGGCUGGGGCACUCUGGCAGCAUUCGCGGCGCGCAAUUAUGGCACUGAGUCUGUCGGCAUCACGCUGGGCCGCAACCAAACGGCCUUUGGCAAUGAGCGCGCAGAGCAGUGGGGCGUUGGCGACAGCACACGCAUUCUCUGCAUGGACUACCGCGAUAUCCCCCGGCGCCCUCGGUACAACCGCAUUACGUGCCUGGAGAUGGCCGAGCAUGUCGGCGUGCGCAAGUUCCAGGACUUUUUGCUUCAGGUCAAGGAUAUGCUGGAGGACGACGGGCUUUUCUACCUGCAGAUCGCUGGGCUGCGCGGCGCCUGGCAAUACGAGGACUUUAGCUGGGGCCUGUUCAUGGCCAAGUACAUUUUCCCUGGGGCGGAUGCCUCGUGCCCGCUCAACUGGGUGGUUGCCCAGCUGGAGACCGCCGGCUUCGAGGUGCGUACCGUGGAGACUGUUGGCGUGCACUACUCGGUGACCUUGGGCCGCUGGUAUGAGAACUGGAUGCGCAAUAAGGAGCAGAUCAUGAAGACUUAUGGCAAGCGUUGGUUCCGCGUCUGGGAGAUCUUCCUGGCCUGGUCGGUUAUUAUUUCACGCCAGGGGUCGGCUAGCUGCUACCAGAUUCUGGCCCACAAGAACCGCAACGCCUUUGACCGCACGGCGCUGAUGCGUGCGCCCAUGGGCGUUGAGAUGCCGAGCGGAUCGGUCCAAUAA